CAGCGGCGCGCAUGGAUUUAUGAAGACACUCAUGCACGAAGUGGGCAGGACUUGGGCAAACUUUUGCACCCGCUCCGCGUCCGCCGCUCCGCGCGCCUCGUCUCCACUCCCGGCCUCGCCCAGCGGCCGCCGCUGCCCGCAAUGAUAGCCGCGCUGCUGGGCGGCGGCGGGGCCCGCGGGGUGACCGUGCCGGGCGCCUGGCUAUGCCUGAUGGCGCUGCUGCAGCUGCUGGGCUCGGCGCCGCGGGGCUCUGGGCUGGCGCACGGCCGCCGCCUCAUCUGCUGGCAGGCGCUGCUGCAGUGCCAGGGGGAGCCGGAGUGCAGCUACGCCUACAGCCAGUACGCCGAGGCGUGCGCGCCGGUGUUGGCGCAGCGCGGUGCGGCCGAGGCGCCCGGGGCGGCCGCCGCCUUCCCCGCCUCGGCAGCCUCGCUGUCGUCCCGCUGGCGGUGCCCGAGCCACUGCAUCUCGGCGCUCAUUCAGCUCAACCACACGCGCCGCGGGCCCGCGCUGGAGGACUGUGACUGCGCGCAGGACGAGAACUGCAAGUCCACCAAACGCGCCAUUGAGCCGUGCCUGCCCCGGACUAGCGGCGGCGCGGGCGGCCCGGGCGCGGGCGGGGUCAUGGGCUGCACCGAGGCCCGGCGGCGCUGCGACCGCGACAGCCGCUGCAACCUGGCGCUCAGCCGCUACCUGACUUACUGCGGCAAGCUCUUCAACGGGCUGCGCUGCACCGACGAGUGCCGCACGGUCAUCGAGGACAUGCUGGCCGUGCCCAAGGCGGCACUGCUCAACGACUGCGUGUGCGACGGCCUGGAGCGGCCCAUCUGCGAGUCGGUCAAGGAGAACAUGGCCCGCCUGUGCUUCACCCCCGACACGGGCGCGGGGCCGGGCAGCAGCGGCUCGGACGGAGGCCUGGACGACUACUACGACGAGGACUACGACGACGAGCAGCGGGUGGGCGGUGCGGGCGAGCAGCCCCUGGACGACGACGACGGUCUCCCGCACCCUGCGCGCCCGGGCGGCGGCGCUGCUGCAGCGGGCGGCCUCGGGGACCUGCCCUACGGCUCAGGGCGCCGGAACGGCGGCGGCCGCUCGGCGAGCCCCGGCGCCUGGACCCCGCUCGCCUCCAUCUUGCUGCUCUUGCUGGGGUCAAGCGUUUAGUCCUGGAGACCCCGCUACUGCCAGGCCGGCGUGCGCGCUCCGCUGGACCCCGCGCCGGGCACCUGCGGCUCCAGGGACGCGGGGUGGUCGGGAAGCCCGGCCAAAACUUUCCCCAGGUCCGCUGGGCCUCUCCCGUCUCCCAGCCACCACGCCUGGCUCUUUUAGAGUCGCCUGCCCCCUGCAUGGCUCCUUGGACCGCAUCCGCCGGUUCCAGGUUCCGGAAACAACUGGGAUGAACCCUACAGGUGGGAAAUCUGCAGAAUUCAGGACACCUAGUGAAACAGACCGGAAGCCUGGACUUGGUUAGAGAGUGCUGACCCGUGGGACCUAACAAUUCCGAGGGACCGGGGGAGGGGGAUGUUGCAGGAGGAAUUAUACUUGCAAAGGGCCUGUUUAUUAACAGUUUUCCUGUGAGGGGACAAAUGGUGGUGGCAACGACUUUCUUUGCUGUGGUCAGAGAGGAGCACAGCAAUGGUAAGUGAAUGAAACAGCACCACUCACACAUUCACUGAUUGCUCUCCGUGCCAACACCUGUAACACUGGGUGUGAAGCGGGUGAUUGCCUUGGGGAACCCCUAAAUUACAUUUGUAUAACUUUAGCGCCUAUGCUAUCACUCUGAUCUCUCAGCACGUGUCUUAGAAUUAAGGGUCCAAAAAUGCUGUUUUAAAAGAGUUACCAUAGUGUUGAACAAUGCAAGUUUUUAUUUUGAAAAAGCUCUAUACUGCCAUCUAUGAAAGGAAGCCUCUUUAUAAUGUUUGUUUUGUUGUCAUUUUUUUUUACAGCAAGAAAGUGUAAGUUUGACUAGGCAGAGAAUGAAUAUUGCCUCUGCGCCCCUAUCAGGGUCUUCAACCCUGGUAUGUCGUAUAUAAAGUGUAUUAAAACUGGGGUUUCUUACCAGUUGCUGUACUUUGUAUAUAGAAUUUUUAUAAAUUGUAUGCUUCAGAAAUAAUUUAUUUUUUAAAAGAAAUUAAAAGUUUUAAAUCCACAUCAAUGUUAUAUCUCCCCCUCCAAGAAAUGUAUAGAAUCCAUUGGUUACCAGGAACCCAAAUCCGAAGCCCCUUUUGAAGUGUGCCCUGUUUAGAACAGUCUUAAAAUGUACAGUGUAUUUUAUAGAUUUGGAGUAAUGUUCUUAUUUUCAAAAGAAUUUAUGGACAUUGUAGAAAUGUAUAAAUGCAUUUCCAAACUGCCUUAAACAUUGUAUUUUUAUAGACGUGAUUUUUUUUAAUCCUGUUUUAAAUAACUGUGGCUUUGUGUAUUUUUUGGUUGUUUUAUUAAAAAUUUGUACAUCAGUAUAAAGAGUUGAAACAAUGAA